UUGAGAUGUAAACAAUAACACUUAUUUAGCUACAACCCCUAAUGUUUGGGAAAAUAAAUUUCUCUGACACUCUUUUUCGGCACGAAUGCAUUGUAAACAUGGAAACCAUUGUAGUAGUUACGCAUUUGACUACCAUGCUUGCUAUUGAUUAUCAAAGUCCUUAUAUUGGAGAAAUUUAAUUCAGUAGUUGUGUGGCUAACAUACGAUGUCUAAUCAUUUCUAUAAUGAAAUCUGGUUUCAAACCCAGCAAGAAUUGGAAGGAUUGGCAAUAUCCGAUAUUGAUCAGCAAGCUCGCGAACCAACUACAGAAAGGACAACACUUCAAACUUCAAUUUAUGAAUUGUAUCUUAAGUACAUUUCUAUUGCUAAUAGACUGGAAGAUGUCUAUGACAAAAUGAUACAUCCACAGAAGCGUCUUUUAAUAAGGCGUGUCCUUGACUCCUGUUUGGGACGUGUCAUAGAAUUAAAACAUGAUCUCGUCAAUAUUGACAUGAUGGAGUUCAGUUAUAAUGAUGAAGUAAUGGAGAAACUUAAACUUAUACCCCAAGAUACAGAACUUCAUAUUCCAAGGUACUUUCAUCGUGAGAGACAGCAGGAAAUUCAAUUCCGAAAAAGUGUAAUGGAUGAAAUAUUGAUUAAGUUGGGUUGGCUUGAAGAGAACCCACAGGAAGAAAAGCUAACCGAAAUUGAAGCAAUUCGUUUGAUUCAAAUUCAUGAACGUGCUCGACAGGGUCGUUUGCGAGCGCAUUUUAUGAAAGAAAUUCGACUGCUCAAAGAGAAAAGUAAAUCGGAAAAUGUUCAAGAACGAACAGAUUCGGGUCUUUUGGCAGCAAUGAGAAUACAGAAAAUGUGGCGUGGUCAUACGGCUCGUAGAAUAACCCGCCGCAAAAAAGUAGAGGAAAUGAUUUUGAUCGGUAUGAUUCCGCCACCAAAAAAGAAAUCUGAAGCAAGGGAACAAAUGAAUCAGAUGUUCCUUGAACGUUACAAAACUCAAGAAGAAUUUCGAAAAGAAUAUGAAAAGGCAGUAGUUCAAAUACGUGAAGAAAUAAGAACAAAGCAAGGCCCAGUUUUAAUCGAUGACAUCGCAGAUGAAAUCAGAUUGUGGAUAAAAGAUUGUUAUGAUAAAACUGGAAAACUCCCUGAUUUUCCAUCUGAGGAGAAUGGAGGAUCUUUGCAUAUUUUCAGUAGAGCAGGAACUGAAAGUGAAAUUAGUCGAUCAUCAGCACGAUCAUCAAAAGAAUCUAGAAAAACAAAAGAUAAAUCGAAAUCACCCGCUAGAAGUGGGGAUUUAAAUGUAACUGAAACCCCCGAUGGAUUAUACCAUCAAAGUCAAUCGAUGUUUUUGGGUGAUUUAAAAAGUGAAAUUGAUGAGUUCGGUGAAGUAUGGAAAGAAAACGAUGAAAUGGACAAUCUCCAUCAAAAGCACAACGAAGAAAUGAUUUAUGCUGAAAAGUAUGCCGAAGUUGAACUUGAAUUUCGUAAGAUUGUUGACGAAUUGAUGAGACAGGAAUUAGAUCUUCUGCAGACUGCAGUUGGUAAAAAAGCAAAGAAAAGUAGCAAGAAAACUAGACGUUCAGGAAAGAAAAGCAAAAAGAAGAAAGAAAAAGAUCUUACUCCAGAUCGAACUACAGAAUCUCUUUUCGAAGAGCUUGUAACUAAUGGUAUAAUUCGAAAGUAUCCAGAUACUCCUCUUAGUGCUUUCUUAGGAGACAAGUCCUACACCGCUCGUAGCGGCCUCAAUCCUUCGGCUGGUGAUGUGCGUCAAGUAUUGAUUGAAUAUUGUAUUUUGCCAUUAGGUUCGCAGACAAUUCGAAAUUCUUGUCCGUGUAUUCGUUCGUUGUUGUUGGCUGGUCCCAAAGGAAGUGGCAAACGAACACUUUUACAUGCUAUAUGCACAGAGGUUGGAGCUAUUUUGUUUGAUUUGACACCUGCAAAUAUUGUUGGAAAAUACCCAGGCAAAUCAGGUCUUAUAAUGUUAAUACACUUGGUUUUAAAAGUUUCGCGGCUUUUACAGCCGGCAGUUAUUUAUAUGGGUGAUGCUGAAAGACCAUUUAUGAAAAAAAUACCAAAAACUGAUAGAAGUGAUCCGAAACGUUUGAAAAAGGAUUUGUCCAAAUUAAUAAAAAAUAUAGCUCCUGAGGAUCGAGUUAUUUUUAUUGGGACAUCCAACUUACCCUGGGAAGCUGAUCAGAAGCUUCUUCAGCAGACUUAUAAUCGUUUUAUCUACAUUCCAAGGCCAGAUUAUGGAGCUCUGUCAUUCGCUUGGAAAAUGCUUCUGGAUGAGCAUAGCGGAGGUGCAUGUCAACUUGAUUGUAGUGUUAUGGCAAAGAUCUCUGAUGGGUACACAAUUGGUUCCGUGAAUGCAUGUAUACAAGAGGUUUUAACAUGCAAAAGAAAGCUUCAGAUGCGUUCACAGCCGUUAACACACAUAGAACUCAUAAAUUCCCUUUGUACCAAAGAUCCAGUGUAUUGUGAGGAAGAAGAAGCUUUUGAGACAUGGUGGUCUAAGACUCCAUUGGGUAGAAGAAAACAACGUGCAUUGGAUGAAGAGGAAGAAGCAAAAAUGGAAGAACAAGUCCAAGCUGCUAAACAAGGAAAUGGUACACGAAAAAAGAAAAAUUGA